UGUGAAUCAUACUUGUGUCAUUUUUUCAUUGAGUUGUGUUGUUUCAGAUUUUGGCAAGGCAACAAGCGCAAAGGGAAGAGGAGCUUUCUCAAACACAGAGGCAUAUUCUCGUGCUUCAGGAGGAAAUUGAGGAACUGGAGCAUGAAAAUCGCCUCCAUAGGCAACAGGAAGCUAUGUUGAAGGAAGAACUCCGAAACAUGGAAAGAAUGGAGAAGAGGGAAGGAGUGGAUCUGACAUAUCUUAAAAACGUUAUCUUAAAGCUUCUUGAAACAGGUGAAGUGGAGAGACUGCUACCAGUUGUUGCUAUGCUUCUUCAGUUCAGCCCUGACGAGAUGCAGAAAUGUCAGCAAGCCUACCGCGCUUCAACCGAAGUCCCGCCUAGCCCAGCAAGUGAUUCUUCGGGAUCUGGGCGGUCUCUCUUCUCUAGGUUCACAUUUUCAUAGCAUGUGUUUGAUUAAUCAAUUGCUUCUUGAGAUUAAAUGAUGCAAAAGGGCUUAUUGUUCAUUGCCACAUGGAGGAGAUGCGAUCAGGAUCGACUUUUACAUUGUUAAUGUUACGAUAGAUCCCUAGUAUGGAUACACUGUAAAAGAUCUGAUGGGAAAUUGAGAUGCUUCAGAUAUAGAAAACAAAUGCGAGACAACAAUAAUAAUGGUCAAAUUUAUUUGUACAUACGAUUUUUUUUCCAACUUUGUAUCCGUUAAAUAUAGCAAAGCCGUGAUUUCUUCACA